GUGAUUGUGUUAGGGUUUGUUGCCCGUAAAAUCAGAUUUUGUGUACAAUUUUCCAUGGAAGACGAACCAGGAAGCGAAAAUGAAGGAGACACCAUAGUUGCUUCACCACUUGCGAAAUGGAGAAUCGAAUUCUCGAGAUCAUUUCAGAAUUACUUAGACAGAUCUGCUCCUAACAUUGUUCGAAGAUGGCUUGUGACUUUAGUCGCUGCUGUGAUCUAUAUCUAUAGGGUUUACUCUGUUUAUGGAUACUUCGUUAUCUCUUAUGGCUUAGCUACUUAUAUCUUAAACCUCUUGAUUGGUUUCCUCUCUCCUAAAGUUGAUCCUGAGCUUGAAGCUUUGGAUCCUGAUUCUUUACCUGUUGAUGAGUCUGAUGAGUAUAAGCCCUUUGUUCGUCGUCUUCCUGAGUUCAAGUUCUGGUAUGCAGCAACUAAGGCGUUUGUUGUUGCAUUUGUGAUGACUUUCUUCUCCUUCUUGGAUGUGCCUGUGUUCUGGCCGAUCUUGUUGUGUUACUGGUUGGUUCUGUAUUCUCUCACUAUGAAACGCUUAAUCGUGCACAUGUUCAAGUAUCGAUACUUUCCUUUCGAUGUAAGAAAGCCUGUAAAGCUGCUCAAGUUACUUGUUCAUGGUGUCCUGACCUUUUUAAGACUCAAGAGGGAUGAUGGUGAAAAUGAUAGGCCCAGUAGCAGCAAUUCAUCUCAGGGAAAUGAAAAACAGGAUUAGAUGUGAAUCGUAGAUCAGGUACUGAUCUCUACGUGGUGAUAGGCGAAGGACGAAAGGAUACAAACUAAGAAGAGAAGAAUAUCAAGUAAAUUGUACUAUAGUCAUGCUAGUGGAAUAGGAAAACAAAAGUUCUUGAAGCGUAACAGAACUAAGAAAUAUCUCUUAUGUUUUGAGUAAUCUCCUGCAUUUUCUGGUUUUUCAUUGUAAUGUGUAACAGAGUAUCUACAAUUAUACGUUUAAAUGAAUUUGGGAUUCACAG